AUGGCUCCCCUGAUGAGGUCGCUAUUAAUAAUAGUGACAAUACUCCUCUUUGGCUCUACCAGAGCAAUUCAGCUCGUGGAUAUUGCUUUCCUGCAAGACCAUGAACAGAUAAGUGUGAGAGCCUGUGCUGGGUUGAUCAAUCGGCCAGAGAACCUAGGCACGGGGAUCCCUGUUUAUAUGUAUGAAGAUGAGCGUGAUCAAUCCUGGCUUGUGGAUCUUGGGAUGGUUGAGAACGAUGCAACUUUUCUACAAUCUUUGAUGCCAGCAGAAGACUUUUUGGCUCACUGCUUCCAGGAAUCCAAAAGAAGUAUCAUCAAAGGAUACAUUCAGUUUUCCUUUCCAGGCCAACUAGCUCUCCUACCCAACAUUAUUACCCUGGCAGGAGUAAUGGACGCAGUUCCCGUUCCAGUCUACAAUUCUGGGCAGCCACAGAGUGGCAACAUCAACUUUGUUAACUUGGUACAAGAAUCUGGCUUGCCACUGAUCUUGGAUGCUACCUCUGAAUUUGAAGGCUUUACUGCGCUGGAUGCUACACGAUAUGUCUUCGAAAACUAUGGACACAUGACCCAAGGAGGAAUCGCCAAGUUGGAUCCUGGGUAUUUACCAGAAGAAAGGACUGAUGAUGUGCUUCCGGAAGAAUUUGGAUUAUUUCUGGGAGAAUGGACACCAGAGUUAGUUCCUGGAGGUUCCCAGCUGAGACUAUCUGAUUUUGUUAUUCAGCAACGACUAUUUGCCUUCUACUUGUGGUUUGGGUGCAUCCAGGGAGAUCCCGAAGAGCAGUAUGUGAGCUACAUGACCAAUCCAAAUAACAACCCUUGGCCCAAUCCGAUUCCUGUUUAUGGUUAUGAUCGAACUUUCACAGUAUUUCAAGGGGAUUUUUUUGAAGCGAAUACACAUUGUGGCAACAAUCGGAACAUGGGAUCUAUCCCCACACAAUACGUCACCAACCUCAGCUUCUUCAAUCGUGGUGCAGGCACCCCUGUUAUCUCAUCACCUAUAGUGCCCCUGGCAGUGCAAGAUCCUGUAUACAAUCCUGACAAGAACUACAUUGCUGUAGUUGUGGGUGAUGGCGACAAUAUAUCAUUCAUGGAAGACAGGCGGGUAGAGUGGAUGAAGGAACGAGUACGCUAUUGUUCUGAACGGCCUCCAGACCAACAAGUGCUAUCAUUGGCCAAUGGCGAUCCAGCCUUCCAACCUAUAUGUUAUCCUCUCUCAUGGUCCAUGUCACCUCACCUACCCACAUUGGCACCAGAAAUGUGGCAGUGGUAUCAAGACAGUGCAUUCAAUGCCACUCAGGGAUUGGACACAUUUGUCCUCCCUCCCUCUGGACAUUUGUACAGCUACCCAGGGUUGAUGGGCUCGGAAACACAAGCUGAAUUUGUUCGACUCACAGAACAAGAUGCCAGAACUCUCAACACUAAUACCAUGGUUGCAUGGGAAUGGGUUGGCACCUGGAACAAUGCCUUUACCAACUACUUUCCAAAAUACACAAACAAUGGGGUCAUUGAGUCUGUGUUGGCUAUGAAUGUCCCUUACAUGUUCCCGUUUGUCACGUAUCCCUUCUUGGACAACACCUAUCGGAUUAUUGGUGGAAACCUGGUAGUCUUCAACACUAUGGUGUGGCGUGGAGUUGACAAUCGAGAUGAGUUUCAUGCAAGUGCAGACCAAAUGGCAAAUCGAAUCAGCAAUUUUCCUCGUGGAUACAUCAACUUCAUCUACACAUCCAGUGAUGGUGGAUUAGAGUUGGACGAUAUUCAUGACAUGAUGUUGUUGUUGGAUGACCAUGUAGCAGUGGUUGAUUCAAGUCAAAUGGCAAGCCUGGCAAAGCAAAAGGGGAAUCCUCCUGACCUUGGGCAGGAUAUAUUGGAUGAGUUGCAAAACUUGCCGGAAGUGCUCCUUGGCGACAACGCACAAGACUUACCUGAUAUCCUGAAUGGAUUCAUUGAUGGCAUCUUUCGCACAAGUGAAUCCAAAGAGCAACCCAAGGGUGGUCUUCGUCAUUCCAACCCAGACAUGUUUGGAUUCUAA